CUCUCUCUCUCUCUCCGAUUUUUUUCAAUUUCCUCUCUCCCUCUCUCUCCUCAUUUCUCUAUCCUCUUCGCUCUCUUUCUCGCUGCUUCUGCAUCCUGAUUUCUCUUCGACGUCAGCAGAAUAUUAUAGAGGACGCUUCGUUGGCGAUGGUAGCAACGAUAGACUACUGGGUUACGGCGGCGAUAAUGGACGACCAAAUGGUGGCGGCGCUUCUGUUACGGCUGAAGCAGGCGAAGACGACGGCGGAGAAGAAUCCGGAGACGCUCCUGCCUCCGUUAGGAUGGGGUAUUCGUCAGAAGCGGUCUCGGCCCUCGAGAUUCGUCUGCGUCGCCGGAGUUCCGGUGAAGGAGGCGGAUUCCGUCAGAGGCAGUCCCGUGACUCCUCUGUCCUGGAGCGGCGGAUCCGGCAGCAGCGGAGGCGCUGCCGCAACCGCCGAUGGUAUCGAGGAGAUCAGUCGUCAAGCUAGCUGCUCCACAUCAGCAGGAUCCGGAUCCAAGGCUUUCCCCGCUAAUGAAACCACCAGUUCCUUCUCCAAGAGAUCAAAGAAAAAGACUUUUUCGGAACUUAAAGAUGAAGAAAACUUCCUGUUGAAGGAAAGAUUGAACCUGGAAAAGGAGAUAGCGACCAUGCGAACGUCUAUAGAGGAACAGAGUGAAAAAAAUCAAAACUUGAAGAGGAUUAAGGUCGACUUGAACUCAGAUCGUGCCAGAAGCGGGAUCCGAGAUGAUCUCAUCAGGGAAACGAAAACGAUCUCUCCGCGGAAACGCAAGAAUUCACCGGUCAAAGAAGAACCCGUCUCAGAUUCUUGGAGAGCGGUGAGAAGCUGUUCUUCUGACGGAGGCGUCUUCGUGCUUCCUGAUCUGAACAUGACGCCGUCCGAGGAUGAUGUCCGCAUGGAGACGUUGUACGGCACGAUCCAAUUACAACAUUGUCAGAACACUUAGCAUCUCGCUCAUGUUAGUCCGCAGAGAUUGCCAGGUACCAAUAAUCACCCCGAGAACGCAGUAGAAAAAUCUAAUGAGAGCUCUCCUCUCUCUCUCUCUCUCUCUCUCUCUCUCUCUCUCUCUCUCUCUCUCGUCAUGUGUAGAGUCUUUCUUACCAUUUUCUAGCUUUUGUAUUUGCCCGGGGGCAUACAUAGACGCUGGGUGGUGGUACUUCUUGUUUUUGUGAGAAGUGCGUGGAAAUUAGGGUCUUCUCUCCUUAUUCUUCUUUAAUACGUUGUAGUGUAGUUAGGGAAGUCGGAGGACAACUAAUGUUAGACUUUUCUUUUUUUAUAAUAAUCAUCGUUUUAAAUUCAA